AUGCGGAACCUAGAUGCCAUCCAAAUAGCCUCAGAAUAAGGUCCCAAGCUCUGCAAUUAAGUGCCCGGGGGAAAAAAAGAAUGAAGACCUCUACGCUCACACUCCAAAUCUACGCCUCCGGCUCCAAGCCAUACCAACCUCACCCCAAAGUCUCCACUAUUUUUUACCCCCUUCAACCACCCAUCACAUCUAUCACAUUCAACGCUUUCAAUCCUCGUCUCAAGUUAAAACCCGGGACGCCUCCUAAAACCACUGCGAUAGACAAGCCAGUACUAAUUCCACAAACAGAAUGUCAAGUAACCCCCGAAAGGGAGCUUACUCAAGUUUCUUCAAGUGGGUUUUCACGGUUUGUGGUAGUAGGAGCUGUUUCUAUGGGUUUGGCAUUGCUCCUAAUGGAAGCGGAUGUCCAGAAGGCUUUGGCGUUGGGUCCUGAAGGGCCAUUAAUGGAGGAGUUUUGGGAGAAUGUGAGGAGAUACGCACUUUAUGCGCUUACGGUCAGUACUGGGGCUAUAUACACUAUCUUCCAGCCUAUACUGGAGUUGUUGAAGAACCCCAUCUCUGCAAUUCUUAUAUUGGUGAUUAUGGGUGGCAGUCUCUAUAUCGUUUCCCAAAUACUCUCCGCCAUGUUUGGAGUAACCGAUUUUACUUACACUUACGGAUAUUAGUUUUUGACAGUUUUCGGCUUAUUUGGUAUUUGCUUCUCUAUAUUUACAAACCUUUGCCGGUUCCAUUUUGUGCUUGUUCCACUAGCAGAACUUUAUUUUAUCUUUUCGAGUUAGUCUUAUCUUCCAUUCCUGAA